AUGAUCGUUUUACCAAAUACACCACCAGUGGCCAUAAAAUUUAAAAACUCCAAAGUUUCUUCACAAUUGUUAUCAUCACGAGCUGCCAUUGAACUUCAACAACCGGUGACUGACAGCACCUCCUAUUUGAUUCAUUUAGAAGAGUAUUUAAAAUGUUUGCUAAACUAUAUAGACCAAAACGGAACUGGAAACCCUUCUGUGAUAUGUGAAGGUAUACCAUGGACAAAUGUUAUCUUUUCAAAACAAAGAAAAAUACCAAAAUUGGGAUCAACCAUCGACAAUAAGAUCACCUGGUCGACUCAAAAUGAAUUGUACAUGACCCUUAUCGCAAUAACCUUAACAUAUUUGAAAAAAGCUGCAGAAAUGGCCAAUGCAAUUAUUGACGAGGAAACGGAUGACGUGAGUCAAUUUAAUGAAAACUGGAAGCAUAUCAUGUCUUACUAUAAAACUGGCAUUUCCUAUAUUUUAUAUGCCAUGAAUUUGCCACAAACUCAACAAGAACCUCCACAUCUUCAGAUAAACAAUGUCCUAUUGAAUAUAAUUCAUAAAAUUUCUCAAGUAUCAAUUCAGAUUGUUAUUUUGAUCAAAUUUUCUUGGAUUAAUAGAAACUCCUUUCAAUUUAAAGAGGAAACAAUACAAACAGAAAACAACUCCACCUUAUCGAAAGUGGCCAUCUACAUAUUACAAGAGUUGAAGGUGAUAAAGAAUUUGAUUAAUGGUAUAGAAAAAAACGAACAGGACUUUAUGUUAGAUUGUUCACAUUGGAUAAAGUAUUUGAACGUGAUUGAAAAAUAUAUCAAUGGAUAUGCUGGAUUAUUUCAAAGUUUGCAAAUGUACAAGGAGGACAAAUUGGGGCAUGCACUAGGCUUGGUUCAUUUUAGUCUCUUAUCUUUACAAAGUAAACAAGCUAUUAUUACAGAAUCUACAAAGUCCAGCAAAAAUAUAAUACGCAGUGUAAAAAUGAAAUUCAACAACAAAAAGAAUGAGGUGAUACUAUCUAAUUUGAAUUCAGUUUCAAGUUUGCAGAUUGACAAGUCAGCAUUUAAUGAAAAAUCUUCAUCAUCUUCUAGACUAAUUCUAAAUGACUUGAAUUAUCUUUUUGAUCAAUUAAUCAAAUUAAAUCUCAAGUUCACUAAAGAAAACAACAAUUUGAAAUUUGAUACCAUAAUAAAAUGGCUGGAUAUAUUUGUUGACAGCAAAUGGCCAACUGGUUGUCCUAUUCCCAUUUCGGAGAUUAAACCAUAUGACCCACACCCAAGCAAAAAACAGACUGAAGAGAAGCUAAAUUAUACUGGCCGUGGAGCAUAUUACUAA